AUGCCAUUGUUGCAUGCGAGCCUUCGAGCCAUGAGGCCUAUUUUUUGCGGAAACUUUGUGUACGAGACUCGGCAAUCGGACCUGGAGCUGUUGUUCUCCAAAUAUGGAAUAGUCCAACGUAUCGACAUGAAAUCAGGAUUUGCUUUCUUCUAUUUUGAGGAUGAGCGUGAUGCUGAAGACACCAUCCGUGGCGAACGUGAUAGGCAUCAUGACGGGAGGGCUGCAAAAAAUCAGAGGCCAACAAGGACCCUUUUUGUGAUAAAAUUUGACCCUGUCCGUACCAGAGAAUAUGAUAUAGAAAGACACUUUGGCCCUUAUGGGAAAGUUCUCAACGUGCGCAUUUGUUGGAAUUUUGCAUUCGUGCAAUUUGAGACUGUGGAGGAUGUAAACAGAUGCUCUGCAGUGCACCCAUAUGAGGUUUUGAUCAUCCGCAUGUACUUUUCUCUGUGUUUCCAGUAGUAUCACAAGUCCGUUUGCCCUUUUUAGGUGUACGGGUUUUCAUAAAAUUGUUUCUCCAUUUUAUUUAUUUAUUUUCCUUAUUUCCUUCUGCAUAUGCUGAACUCACCCCACCAACCGGACGGGAUACAGCAUGCAGACGCCCAUUUCUUGUAAGUUCUCAUUUGCUUAAAAUGUUCAAAAAGACGAACUUAAACGCACAAUACUAAGGAGAGCAUAAUUACAACUUUCUAAUACAGCUGUAGUUUACUUCUGCAAGUAGCUUAAUCACACUUUCGGCAGCACUUGCCGAUUACGAACCGAAAAUCCAAAAAGAGAAGAAAAAAGCAUCAUACAGAAUUAAUAUUAAUAUAAUUAUAUAAUUGUCAGUCAGUAGUUGUUGAGGCAUUGCAUGCCUACACAAAUGCCCCUUGAAUGGCCUUGUCUAGCCAAACCUCGGCAUCUUCCAUCAUCUCUGGACUAAGUCUGACCAUAAGAACACAAAACUCGGACUCGUUGAGGGCCCCAUCUCCAUCAAGGUCUCCUUCACGAACCAUGGCCUCAGCAUCUUCCUUACUCAUCUCCUCAACUCCCAAAAUCGAGCAAUUCUUGUGCAGGCUCGAGGGUGUUAUUAGUCCUUUGGUGGGGUCCGCCAGGAGUCGGAACCCGCCACAGAGCUCGUCCAUGAAGGUCUCGGCAUCGAGCUUGUCAGCCAUCACCGUCAGCAAGUCUUCGUAUUCUCUACACUCUUCUUUUGUUUCCAUUUCCUUCGUUUUUUUUUGAGAAUUUUGAAGUGAGUUGAGAUUAUUGGGUGCAUAUAUGAUGGGAUUGAGGAUUGAGAUAGGCUCUUUAUAUUGUUGCACAAGCGCUUCUUAUCAUUUGUGCGAUUUUUGAAAUAAAAUGGACGGUCUUGAUUUCUCUCAUGUGUGUGUGUCUUUGUGUUAUUAAAAGGUG